UCACUCUAUCGGCGUGUGUUUCAGGGGACGGGUAGUUGGAGGAAGGAGUCGCCGGGCGGCAGUGCAUCACAAACGCUCUUUUUCGGGACAGAAACGCCGCCGUACACCGCACCACAGACGGAAGUAGGACCGACCCCCGGUGACGACUUCUGUGACACACUUCAACGCAACGACUGCGCCACUCACGAGCCACCGCACGCAAGCCAGACUAUCAAAUGCUAGCCAGCUAGCAUCCCAGCGAAAACGGACGGGAUCGAGGUGUUGAUAGCUAGCCUCCCAGCUAAUUAUCCGUCAGCUAGCAUCCUCCUGCCGUAGCAUCAUUAGCUCGCUCUUCCCCUCCGCGCACGUCGAGACUCCGCCGCUUCCCGUGGCGGUGCCGCACAGCUCGCCCAGCGCCGACCCCCACAUCCCGACGACACCAGACGUCGGUGUUUCCCGACUGGCUGCCGCUGCUGGAAGAGAGAGCGGUUCGCUUUUGCGCUGCCGCUGACACCAUCACACCCAUCUCCCCCCAACCCCUUCACCUCUGCCCCUCUCCCUCCACCCGGAACACUGGAAAUCCACAAGCGGCCGGAGGGCGGCGAAGGGCCGGCGAAGCUGGGGGUGGUACCGCUACCGGACUCGCCGGGAGUCGUGACGCCUGUGGACAAGCUCAGCUGUGGGGAGCUACCGACGAGUAUGGACGGACUGGCUGUGGAAGUUCGCGGCUCGAAUGGGGCCUUCUACAAGGGUUUCAUCAAAGAUGUCCACGAAGACUCACUCACAAUUGUAUUUGAAAAUAACUGGCAGCCAGAGAGACAGUUGCCCUUCAGCGACGUGCGGUUGCCUCCUCCGACCGACUACAACAAGGAUAUUGGGGAAGGGGAGGAGGUGGAGGUUUACUCCCGGGCCAACGAGCAGGAGCCAUGUGGCUGGUGGCUGGCGCGAGUCAGAAUGAUGAAGGGGGAGUUCUACGUGAUUGAAUACGCAGCAUGUGAGGCCACAUACAACGAGAUUGUCACAGCGGAGCGUAUCAGGCCACUCAACCCCAACAGCCCUUCCUCUCGGACCUCCUUUCAUAAAGUCCCCGUCCCUGUCCCAGAAGACCUGAGGGACAUCUGUGCAAAUGACAACAUUCACAAAGAGUUCAGGAAAGCUAUCGGAGCCAACUGCAUCUUCUACAGUGCCCAAACACACGAACUCAUUGUGCUGUCCACAAACGAAACCACAGUAAAGCGUGCAACUCUCCUGAGUGACAUGCAUUUUCGCAGCAUCCGCACCAAGCUCAUGCUAAUGUCCCGCAACGAAGAGGCCACCAAACAUUUGGAGACGAGUAAGCAGUUAGCGUCCGCAUACCAGGAGGAGGUGCGGGUCAGGGAGGACCUGAUGGGCCUCGCCAUUGGCUCCCACGGUGCCAACAUACAGCAGGCAAGGAAGGUGCCUGGUGUCACAGCUAUCGAGCUGGAGGAGGAAAGCUGCACAUUCAGGAUCUAUGGAGAGACCCCAGAGGCAGUGAGGCAGGCUAGAGAAUAUCUUGAGUUCAAAGAAGACUACUUUCAGGUACCCAGGAACCUUGUAGGCAAAGUCAUCGGCAAGAACGGAAAAGUCAUCCAGGAGAUUGUGGACAAGUCGGGCGUCGUGCGCGUCAGGAUCGAGGGGGAUAACGACAAAAAGCUUCCCCGGGAUGAGGCAAGCAGGCAGGCAGCUGUCAGGGAGGAAACUGCCAGCGGCAAAGAGGGCAUGGUCCCCUUUGUGUUUGUUGGAACGAAAGAGAACAUCAGCAAUGCUCAGGCCUUGUUGGAAUACCACGUGUCUUAUCUCCAGGAGGUAGAGCAGCUGCGCAUGGAACGUCUCCAGAUUGACGAGCAGCUCCGUCAAAUCGGGGUGGGGUACCGCGCUCCUGCCAGUCGAACCGGGGGCCCAGGCGGAGAACGGGAGAAAGGCUACCUGACGGAUGAGAGCAGCAACUCUCUCCACACGUCUCGCACCUAUGGGGGCCGCGGCAGAGGACGCAGGGCCUCCAACAGCCAGUACUCUGGAUACGGCACCAACUCUGAGCUGUCCAACGCCUCUGAGUCUGAGGAGGUCAAUGACCGAGACCAGCGGCCCCGUGGCAUUGGCGGAGAUGAGAGAGGCUCCCGACGGGGCGGCAGGGGCAGAGGCGCCAACACAGGACGAGGCCGUGGGGGGCCAGGGUCCAAGCCCUCCAACUCCAUCAGCUCAGUGUUGAGGGAUCCAGACAGUAACCCAUACUCCCUGCUGGAAGGUGAAGGAGAGCUUGCUGAGGCAGACCUCAUUGAAGGAGACCGCCGCAGGCGCUCCCGCCGCCGCCGCAACGACCAGGAGCCCAGCGUAAUGGACGCUGCUGCAGAGUCAGACAGCCAGGCCGCCCCCAGCGAGAACGGACUGGAUGAUGAGGCGCGACCACAGCGCCGCAACAGGAGCCGCCGCCGCCGUAACCGUGGCAGCCGUACAGAGGGAGGUUCAGCCAGCCGUGACAGACAGCCUGGUGAGAGUGUGACUGUUGCCGACUACAUAUCUCGUCCUGAGUCCCAGAGCAGACAGAACCUGCCCCAGAAGGAAAACCACACUGGCCCAGAGCCCAAGGAAAACGGCACCAGUGCCAAGAAGGAUGAGACACCACCCUCCAAGCGUUCCCCCAGCAAUGGCAUGACCUCGGCCAGCGAGACACUGACCCUGGUCAACGGGGUCUCGUAAAGAGACGGGCCCCACCCCUGGGCGAACCCAAGUCUAGAGCAAGACUCCAUGGCAAACUCUGUCCCUGCUUGCAUUAACUUAAACCUUUAAACAGAUGAGUGAAAAGUACCUGACAAAAUACCUGAAUUCAUACACGAGAGUGAAAAAGUACAAAAAAACGACAAACGCAUCUACUUAAAAACACACGUUAACGGUGUAUGCUAUCCUAUCUAUCAGUACGUAGUGCUUAUUUAAAAAAAACAACAACUAGCUUGCCAAAAAAGAGCUGGUGGAUAUGACUUGAUUUUUAAAAAUACCGAAACACGAGAAACAGGACGAGACUUUUUUUCCUUAUUUUUUUCUUGUUUUUGGACAGUUGUCUUUGUUUGUGUCCUUUUUUUUGUUUUUGUUCUGUUAAUUUUGUUCAUUGUUUAUCACUGGUUUGGACUAGGCGGUCGCUCUCUCAACCAAAACAGACACGUCUCUUAACAGUGUUAAAGUACAGACAAGAGAGAUGUAAGCUGUAGGGAGUGGCGUACGAGAAGACAGUCCAAUAGCUUAUGUGACGCGAUGUUCGCACACUGAACCUGGGAGUUGAGACAGACGGAUUGGAAUAUUGAUAGACAUUGUGCCUUGAAUUUGAAAAAAAAAACAAUAAAAUAAAAAAAAAAAAACACUUGAGUUUUUUCCAUUUUAGUUUGUUUUUGUUUCCCACAUGGAAGGACAAAAAAAUAGAGGUGUAUUUCCAGGUUUUCUUUUCUUUUUGGUACCAAUGAGAGAACAAACCUGUGAGGGAGAAAAAAAUAAAACAAAAAAGAGGAUGAGAGAGAGGAAGUGGCCGGCCAUCGUGAGGGAGAGAGAAGUCUGGUGCCAAGCACGAAAUGCAAGGCCCUUGUCCUGCGUGGAAUGGACAGCGCUGGGGAGGGAGAGUUGGCAACGAACGAGACACGUAGCCCUGGUCAAGUCACAUUCGUCAGGCGUGUCUUUGUAUCAGCGGGCCUGAGAGAGAGCGAGGGCGAGUCAGGUGAUUUCUCUUCCUCCUCUCACCUGUUUGAGUCUUUUCAAGGGUGGCGCCCUUGUAGCUUAGUUAACAGGACGGGCUGGGACCAGACGGACGGCAGACUUGAACUCUAGAAUUUAGACUCCAAGAGAACAAUACCGUGCCACUUUUCUCUGGGAGGAGGAGGAGGGGGCGGCGGUGCUUCCAGCCACACUAGUGUCUUGACGAACCUCCGCAGCCAGUGCGGCUCCGGAUGCACACGAGGGCGACCACCUUUUCUAGGAUGGGGGGUGUGGGGGGUGUUGCUUGCGGCGAUAGGGGAGACGACUGGAGACUGGGAUGGGGGAAAACUUCAAAUGACGCGAGAGCCACACGACACACAGGCCCACAAUUACAGGUACACAAACACACAUAUACACGCGAGGCGCUCACACUAGGUGCGUCGGCGUGGUCGCCCGCAUGGCACAAAGUCGAGGACUGGAAAAGGAAAUAAACGAGCGAGGUGUCUGUCUUGUACCUGGCAGUUUGGGUCGGCGAACCGGAGUGAGAGAGGGACUCGAGACCUCGGCGGCUCUCUACUCGUGUUGUUACUGUUGUCUUGGUUACCGCUCUCAAGUUUUUUUGUUGCUAUUUCCACAUCUUUAGGAGAAAAAAAAACCCUGACAUGAAAUAAAAAAGGUGAAAUCAUCUUCCUCACUGGAGACGAACUUUGAUUUCUCUGUCUUGUGAGUUUGCAGUCUAUUUUUCUAACUUGCAUGGCCUUUAGUUGAAGUAGUAGGUGGUGCCUGUCCUGUGCAUGAGGAGAGGGUGUUAUUAAUCUGACUUACAAAGCCAUUGUUUCAUUCACUAGAAUUGCUGCUAAUGUACACAUUGAAUGUCCAACUAAAGUAGAAAUUCUACCCUGACGAGAGAGAAAGAUGAAAAAAAAAUGUCCCCCCGCCACACGCUCAUCUGCCCAGAUCAUCCCAGUUUCUACCGGUGGACACACGAGUCGGGAAGGGACCCAUUCCUUUUGAUUCUCAUCAAGUAUUAAACUAAAAAGGGCAAACAUUGUGCAUGACAAGCGAGCGUCCACAUGACCAAAGGUUUUGAGAGACACGUGAAUGGGAGUGUGGCUGAAUGGAGAUGACCCAGAUGCUGCUGUUACACAUUUCUGCUCACCUGUACGUUGUGUUUUUAGAGGAUUGAACGAGCACUUGAGUAUUUGUACCUUGGUUUCGGUCGCAUGGGUGUGCGUGGAGAAAACAACCCUUACUUGUAUGUUUGCGUUUGCCUUUAUACCUCAUUGUGUGAGUACUGUAAUCCCUUAUGUAUCUGUAUCCCUCACGUCCUGUUGAAAGGCUGCUGUGAGUGUGUGUGUGUGUGCGUGUGUUUUGUGUGUGUCUGUGGAUGCUGGUUGUACAGUCGACUCCUCACUCUGUCAGAUUUUGUCUCUGGUUUUCUCACUCAUGUUCUGAUGGCAAUAAAGGACUUUUCAUUGUUUGGUA